CUUUACUGUGAGGUUGCUUGUACAUUGAUUUUCCAGUUCUCUUAAGAAUCUGUGGCUUGAUGUAGCUCACACGAAUCCAGGAGGAUUUUUGUUUCUUAAUUUUGAUGACUGCGUACAUGAUUAGUAGUACAUCGUAAAGUCUCUUCCAACAAGUUACAGAUGGUGCAACAUUCAAAACAUUCCUGAAAUACAAAACAAGAAGAAUAUUUUAAUGUAACAGAGUUGUUUACCUCUUUAUCCACCAAAGUGACCUCACUGUACUACGCUUCUUUUGGGCUCAUAUUGUGCAACAAAUAUUGGAAAAAACAGUGUAUAAGAAGAAAAAGUAUUUUUCACAGCUGUUACUCUUUCUAAUGGGAGCAUUCACUUUUAAACACAGCUUUUUUGGGAGUUUUGUUGAGUGCAGUGGAGUAUUGCAGACAGUGUUUAUUUUCCUUCUAAUUCCAUGUUGCCUGGCUGAUAAAAGGGCACCACCACUCAUCCCAAAUGUGCCUUUGCUCUGGGUCUGGAAUGCCCCAACUGAAUUUUGUAUAGGAGGAACCAAUCAACCACUAGAUAUGAGCUUUUUCUCUAUAGUAGGAACUCCCCGGAAAAAUAUCACAGGGCAAAGUAUUACACUAUAUUAUGUUGAUAGACUUGGCUACUAUCCUUACAUAGAUCCUCACACAGGUGCGAUUGUGCAUGGAGGACUCCCCCAGUUGAUGAAUUUACAACAGCAUUUGAGAAAAUCAAGGCAAGACAUUUUAUUUUACAUGCCCACAGACAGCGUGGGCUUGGCUGUCAUUGACUGGGAAGAGUGGAGGCCCACCUGGACAAGAAACUGGAGACCUAAGGAUAUUUACAGGAAUAAAUCUAUUGAGUUGGUUAAGAGCCAGCAUCCACAGUAUAAUCACUCAUAUGCUGUUGCCGUAGCCAAAAGAGACUUUGAAAGGACAGGGAAGGCUUUCAUGCUAGAAACUUUAAAACUGGGAAAAUCACUUAGGCCAAGUAGCUUAUGGGGUUAUUAUCUUUUUCCUGAUUGCUACAACACUCAUUUCACUAAACCCAAUUAUGAUGGGCAUUGCCCUCCUAUAGAACUGCAAAGAAAUAACGAUCUCCAAUGGUUGUGGAACGACAGCACUGCCCUUUACCCAUCUGUUUAUUUGACCAGUCGAGUAAGAUCAUCUCAAAAUGGUGCACUUUAUGUUCGUAAUCGUGUACACGAGUCCAUUAGGGUUUCGAAACUCAUGGAUGACAAAAACCCACUUCCGAUUUAUGUGUAUAUCCGCCUCGUUUUUACCGAUCAAACUACUACAUUCCUUGAACUGGAUGAUCUUGUGCAUUCAGUUGGCGAAAUUGUUCCUCUAGGUGUCUCUGGAAUAAUAAUAUGGGGAAGUCUUAGUUUAACACGAAGUUUGGUUUCUUGUAUAGGACUAGAAAAUUACAUGAAGGGUACACUCCUGCCUUACUUAAUCAAUGUCACCCUAGCAGCCAAAAUGUGUGGCCAAGUGCUUUGUAAGAAUCAAGGAAUUUGCACAAGGAAAGACUGGAACACAAACACCUAUCUUCACCUAAACGCAACAAAUUUUGACAUUGAACUUCAGCAAAAUGGGAAGUUUGUAGUACAUGGAAAACCAUCACUUGAAGACCUGCAGGAAUUUUCCAAAAAUUUUCAUUGCUCCUGUUAUACCAAUGUGGCUUGUAAGGACAGACUUGAUGUACAUAAUGUCCGUUCUGUUAAUGUGUGUACUGCCAAUAAUAUUUGUAUAGAUGCUGUUUUAAAUUUUCCAUCCCUGGAUGAUGAUGAUGAGCCUCCCAUCACAGACGACACGUCUCAAAAUCAAGACAGCAUCUCCGACAUCACAUCAUCUGCUCCACCGUCUUCACAUAUUCUUCCAAAGGAUCUCAGUUGGUGCCUCUUCCUUCUCUCUAUCUUUUCACAGCACUGGAAAUAUUUACUAUAGGCUCAUGGCAACUGAAAAGUACCAAAUUCAAUAUCAUAAAAAUUCUAUAAUCAAAAUCCUUUGAAUUUUUAAAGCAAAAUACAUACUAUUCUAUCAAAGACACUGUAAAGCCUGUGGUACUUGGAAGAUACAGCUUUCUUUUGAGAAGAGUGAAGAUUUGAAUAAAACAAAAUUACUGAAAA